UAUUUUUAAUGGCGUAUCGUCAGUCGGUUUGGAGUCGGUUUCACAGAUAUGACUGUAGCUUAAGACCACCACUUAACUGGAAACACGACAAACAAGCACGCUAUUCAAGAGGUCUUCGUGCAAUUUACUUCUUAAAUUAAUACAGCUGGUGUCCACUUACGGGCAUUCAAUGGUUCCAUGCAUGGUCCAUCCAAUAUCCACAUGAUAAGUCUUUUUUCUUCGUUCCCGGCCUACAAGAAAUGACAAGAUUGGUGGUCAGUUUAUAAACAAUGGCCGUGGAGUCCUCAACCGUCCUACAAGGGGUGUUUAAUUCGCAAGGAUCAGAUACACGAGAUUGAAGCAAGUGCUUGAAACCUGGCCAACAUCCCAAAUCAGGAGAAUCGGAUGAGGCACGCAUCCUCAUCGUGAGAUGGGUAGAGUUCGAGAUGAGAUUGGGGAUGCUUAUGAAUGGGUCAAGUAGGUUAUCAGCAUUCGAUCCAUUCCUUCCUACUUCUCCCCAAAUCCUUUCGGCUACCUCCGAUCUUAAGACGUCACUUUAGAUGAUCUCUGUAAACCUAGAAAUAAAUCCAGCUGUCGGAGUGAUUCUCUCCCCUUCUUCCGAUCGAGAAGCUAUAGCAUUUUUUUUUGCGUGUGUGAUAAAAGAAAUGAGAUGAUUCGAGCUGAAAAACAUCCACGCUAUCAGAGAUGAUUGAUGAUGAGAAAUUGAUGGAAUGGUCGGAGGAAGCAUCAUCGUCUUGGAAUCUACAGGAGACUGAACCGGCAAGGAACACGUCUGUCUCUUUCACUCCUCUGGCAACACGAUCAUCUCUACAAACAUAUCGUCUCAUUUCGUGAUAACAACCGUGGGCUCCUCGAAUGUCAUCAUAUCAAAGAAAUGAAUUCGCUUUACGCUUUCAUCGAAAUCUGAUUAUUAAACCAUUUUGUUUGAAGAGAUUCCGGAAAGCCAUAUUGUUAAAUCGGGAAUCAUAUCGCGACAUGAUCAAUGAUUUUCACAAUUAGAAGUCAAUCAGUAAUGAUAUCAAUCCAUUGCGUAUGAUUAGCUGAUAUAUUACGUCAUUGAUUUUGAUGACAUCACGUGGGUAAUGUGACCAAUCAUAGCUAAGCAUAGAAAUCACCUUUUUACCUCCAUGAUUGAAUCUACAUGAUCUACGUGCUUCUGAAUCAACAACAACCGUUAACAUGAUUAAAUUUAAUGAACGACACUGUCCGUUGAAUAAAACAUUUCACUUUCCCCGGAAUUAAUUUGGAAAUUACAUUCCUGGUCAUGGAUCAAUUUCAUUAUUCGAAUCUUGAUCAUUCUCGAAUAAUAUUGAAAGGAGAUUGGAUAACCAUUCAGUAUUGACUGUACUUCCCAAAGAUCACAUAUCUUUUGCUCAAAUGUCACUUAUCCUUUACUCAAAUGCCACGUUCAUUCUACUCAAAGAUCACUUAUCAUUUUCUUUAUUUUUCUUCCAUCUCGACUUUCUUCACCCAUACACCGACUGAGCCUCUCUUGGUAAACAAAACUUAAAAUUAACGAAUUAAAUACAAUCAUACAUUAGAAAUGGACACAUAUCUGGCUGAAAAUAUCUGUGAGACGUCUGCAAGCGGCGCAGGAUUCGUGAUGAUUCGUAUUUUAUUAAAGACUUGAUGAAGCUUUUGUUAAAGCCUGUUCUGGACUAAAGAAGUGGUCACCUGAUUACGAUAUGAGAAUGUUACUAUGGUUUAGUCGACCCUUUGGUCGCAGUUUAGGGCGUCGGAUCGUCAUGCAACUGGUCUCCAUUGGAUGUCUUUUCAUGUUGAUAUGUCUUCAUUUACAGUAUGAAUUUUCGAACAGGGCGGCGGCAGCGUCAUCGCGCUUCAACCGCCAUUCGUUGUCGUCGAACCAGAGGAACUACGAGAAACGGUUCCCCAUCGAUGACGACGAUGAGAGAUUGGCGUGGAACGACGGAGGAGGGAGACGAGAGAGGGCGAGGACUCGAAGGGACGAGGGCGAUGACGACGGCGAUGCCGAGUUGUUCUAUAUCGACAUCAAUGACGAGCAGAGGAAUAUGAUUAAUAAGGAUUUAUCGAGAGGGGUAAUGGGGGAACCGAUUCAACGGACUGGUGUGGUGGAGAAGAGGGGUGGUCAAGGAGGGUCAUCGGGGGUGCAACUUCAACUUGGUAGGAAGGCGUUAUUAUCAAAGAGGAUUUCAUCAAUUGCAGACGAGUACACGGCCGAGAGCGGAGAGAGGAAUAGUGUGGGUCUGCUACUCCAGCCUUGGGCUGACAAUUAUCAUUCCAUGGAGGCUGAGACAAGACGAUUCUUCAAAUACAUUACCAAGAUACAGGUGCAAUGUCGGGAGCAACAUGCUGUAGGGCGGAGCAGUCCGGUUGGAACCGGUUCAGACUGGCCAUGGACGGUCUGCUUUGAUGAAGGUUCAUCUUACGGAGGCAGAGGCGCUCUAAGACCCGGAUGCGUGGUCUACUCAUUCGGAACUCGUUCAUCAAACAUUCGCUUCGAGAUUGAGAUGGCAGAGAGGGGAUGCGAGGUGCAUGUGUUUGAUCCGAGUGGUCGCAUGAGGGCGCACAUCCUAUCUGAGAGUGAACAACAUGGUGUGGGCAAAGGAACAUUGCCCGAGAACAUUGUACUACACAAAACUACCCUUGAUUGGCGGGAUUCGAACGUUGGACUUCAAGGGUCAUCGUCAUGGAAACCAAGUAAAUUGUCUGCUAUCAUGUCCAAACUGGGACACGACUCGAUCGAUAUCAUCAGAGCCGACCUCCAGAGCGCCGAAUGGAAAGUAUUAGAAAACAUUCUUCUUGAUGGGACGGUAUCGCGUGUUCAUCAACUCAUCUUCAACAUCCACCUCAACUGGAGCGGAUUCGAAGUGCAAGGCUCCAAUCAGGACGUCAUCCGUUUCUGGUACAGCGUCCUGAAAGAACUAGAGAGGGCGCACUAUAAAUUAUUUCACACUUUGGAAGACAAGGCGGAGCCGUCUAUCUUCUUGGGGCAAACGAUGCCUAAUAUUAGUAGUACUUACACGCUAGGGUGGGUUAACAAUGCAUGGAGGUGAUGAACAGCGUAAAUUUUUAUACCCCACCUUCAUUCCAUCAAGACUUUCACUAUAUUUCACUUUUGAACUAUCAUCACUCUUAGAAUUUGUGUGGCACUUCUUUCCGAAGUGGUUGUGGUUUUAAGACACUGUUCCAAGUUGCAAUAGUGUCUAGCUCGUUUAAUGAUAAAGCAUUUAUCAAACAGAUGAAAAUUAUGAAACAGUCAGUAAUAUACAGCAUGGUAGCUCUCUGUUUGCUUGCUAUGCAUAAUUAGCGAACUGGAAAGUUCUGAACAUACUCAUUUUCAGAGUUAAAUCCAUAAUGCUAACGCGCUGAAUUUCAGUUUUAUUUUCAAUUCUUAUUCAUAUGGAGGUGACAGAAUACAAUGUUCCAGCAAAAUACACAAAAAUGUCACUACAUUCACAAAGGCAAUAUGGAGUUUUGUUUUAUUACUCGAACUAUACUAGUACAUAUUAAAUAAGGACAUAUUCAGUGGAAACUGAUGUGAGGAUUGAAUAAUGAUAAUGAAAUAUUAAAGCAUGAAUAAUUGUUCAUUAAAGAAUCAAUCAGACGAUCGACAGUUUGAGUAAGGAAGGCAGACUUUCUUCCUGAAUUUCUCAACAGAUGAUCCUUGUCCACUGGAUAGUUUCAUCAACCUCCUUUCUCCUUGAAUUGAUAUGCUGCCCUCUAUAGAGCUGCAUAGUUUAGUAUUUUUUACAAAACUUCAAUAUGGACUUUCAGUGUGACAAUAAAAUAUUUGUUUUCAAUGUUUAAGUCGAGUGAACUUUUAUCAUAAUCUCCACUAUUUCAUUCAGUUUAUUUAUUAGUCCAUGUUAAUUUACUCAACAUUCUUUCUGAGUAUUCAGCGGAUGAUUCUUGCCGUAUAUAAUGAAUACACAAUUUACGCUAGCCUUGUAUUUUUUCCCCUGCUGCGGUAUGAUAAAUUUCAAUACAAUUUCAAUCCCAAUACUACUUUACUUUAGAACUUGAUAUGUGGUUUUUUAAUGUAUAUGGUUUGAAUACAUUACACCAUACUUGUGCUACUAUUCAUUACUGUUAUAUAAAGGGGAAGCCAACAUUGGUCAUAAAAUGUUCAGUUACAGA